UGCAGAAGCUGGGGGUGUGGCCGGCCUCGCAGCGGCAGCAGGACGAGGAACAGCGCCAGAAUCGACAUCUCCCUUCGUGUCCAACUCCAAUGGAGCGAAUCGCCAGUUGGCGGAAAUGGCCAUGGAAGCGGCAGGCCUGGUCUUCGAUUUGCUUCAGAAUGUUGCUUCUAUUCCUCCCCCCCGGCAUCAAACCAACCCAAGUAGCGAGCACAAGCGACGGCGCCUCCAACGUCACAGCCAACUACAUCCUCUCGCAAAACAACGAAACCUACACCUUCUUCUCCGACCCCCGCCUAAUGAGCCUAAACGUCGUGACAGAAAUGUCCAACUCGUCCUUCCCGCGCCUCAAAUCCGAGCAAGACCUCUUCACCCCGGCCGAGUACAGGAUGUUCCUGGAAGAUCCGAUCUGCUUCUACGCCAACAUCGAGAGCAUCCUCGCUCUGGGCAACCGAGCUCCCCGACCAGCUCUGGAGCGCGCACUUCGCGACACCCGCCUCCUCAAGCAGCGACGAAUCGAGAGUGGCGCUGCGAGGACGCGGUUCGCCUGCGUGCUGACGGGAGUUGUGGUGGUAGCAGUAGGAUUUUCAGGCUUGUAGGAAGCGCGCGAGCUUCCAGCGCCCACUUUAAUUCUUGCUUUCCUCGUAGCCUCCUCGAUCUUCUCUGCCCGCCAAGUGCAACCCUCCGCAAAAUCGCAUAUUCGGCAUUUAGAUGCGUCCUCGAUGUCGACGCCUCUAGUCGCCCUCUCGCCUCGCCACCAGCUGAUCUCGUCGUUGACGUAAGAGUCCAACACCGCGUCGUCGUGCACGAAAGGCUUCUUGCCCAGCAGAUCGCCCGAGCUUCCGCUGCGGUACUCUGCGACCAAGAGCUUCGAGAUGGAAGACCGGACAUUCAUUGUGGGCCAACAGUUCCGAGAGGGAGUCCUGGCUGCUUUCGAGCAGGACUUGGCCUUCCUCGGAGUUGGAGACGAGACCGUCAACGAGCUGCUGUCGCAAGCCGAACCGGAACACCCAGGCCAACCGAGAGCUCUCCUGGACAAGGACUUCGAACAAGAUCCCGUCUUGCAGGAUGCGCCUCCUGCAUUGCAGCGUACGAUUGGAAGGCCACUCUCCCUACUAUAGCUGACGCGGCUGACACGCAGCGCCUUGUAGCAGAGCCAACUACACCGAAAACUGCGACUGGCGAGAAGCGUGAUGAUGCUGCUGCCGCCGCCGCUGCAGCGCCCGAGCAACCUGGCGACGAUCCACGGGCACCUCUCGAGCGCUUUCGCCAGAGGAAACCGCUCAGUGUGACGGAUUUGGUCUCGCCUGCGUGCGAUGAAGCAGGGGAGCUCGGUGCACAAAGUGCUCGAGGAGCAAGUCCACAAGGAGACAAGAGAGGAUAUGUUCGGCCUGAGGAUCUGGAAUGUCAUUCAAGGGCUAAGGACGUUGAGAGCGACGGGCAUGACGAGGGAGAUGGAAGUCUGGGGAGUGGUGAAUGGAGAAGUGGUGAACGGAAUCAUCGACGAGAUCAACACUGUCUGCCCCGACGAAGAGGCCGAGGAAGCAAUGUUGGAGAAGGAAGAAGAGAGGAAGACCGGCGCGAAAAAGAGCAAGCCACUGGAAGCAGGGCAGAAGACUCUCAAUGGCUUCCUUUCCGGCUCGCAGAACGAUCAGAUCCUGGAGGAACACUUCAGAAGCACGCCCUCUUCGAGCCACUACGAGGCUCCUCGCACCUUCUACCUUUCAGACAUCAAGACCCGCCAGUCCAAGUCUUUGCCACCAGACGGCAGCCCAUCCAAGCCCGU